AAAAACAUUCAAGCUGUCAAAAUCGGGGUCGCAUGUUGCUGUCGUUCUCGUGUUUUCGAUCGCAGUUCAGCAAGAAAUUUUUCUUUCCUUUCCGUGAGUGCUAAAAAUUGCUCUGAAUUCAAUAAACUACGCAGUUAGACAGCUAACAUGAACACCCGGGGCUUGCUGCAGCAUAGCCUCAAGUUUAUAAGCGGUAAAAAGAUCCUCCCUGCCGUACCGGUGAGACAAAACAGUUCGUUCAACGGUAACGAACGGUGUAUCUUAUGCCGGAACCCAAGUGACCUAUCCGCGAGCAGCAGUCGGCUCGGAGCAGUGGCCGGGCUGUUUACGGAACAACCACAUCCUUUGGGCCGCGGUGGCACCAGAGUUCAGACAAGAUCGAUUAGCACUAGCGGUGCACUGCUCAGGACAGACUAUUACAGCACAUUGGGAGUCGCCAAGAAUGCAUCGGCCAAAGAAAUCAAGAAAGCUUACUAUCAGCUGGCUAAAAAGUACCACCCGGAUACGAACAAAAACGACCCUGAUGCUGGCAGGAAAUUUCAGGAAGUUUCCGAAGCUUAUGAGGUCCUAAGCGAUGACACCAAACGUCGCGAGUAUGACACGUUCGGUCAAACGUCCGAACAAAUGGGCCGCUCCGGUGGAGCAGCUGGACACGGUCCGCAAGGGUUCUCGCAGAACUGGCAAUUCCGAAGUACCAUCGAUCCGGAGGAACUAUUCCGGAAGAUCUUUGGGGAUGGGGGCUUCAAGGCGGGAUUCGAGGACUUUUCCGACUCACGGUAUGGCUUUGGUGGUGCCCAGGAAGUUAUGAUGAAUCUAACUUUUGCCCAGGCGGCACGCGGUGUCAACAAAGAUAUCGACGUCAACGUGGUCGACACGUGUCCGAAGUGCACGGGAUCACGUUGCGAGCCUGGCACUAAACCGGGAAAGUGUCAAUACUGUAACGGAACUGGAAUGGAAACAAUUUCCACUGGACCUUUUGUGAUGCGGUCCACCUGUCGGUACUGUCAGGGCACUAGAAUGUACAUCAAAUAUCCGUGUCUAGAAUGCGGCGGAAAGGGACAAACAGUGCAACGGAAGCGAGUCACCGUUCCGGUGCCGCCUGGUGUCGAGGAUGGACAAACGGUGCGGAUGAGCGUGGGAAAUAAGGAGCUGUUUAUCACCUUCAAUGUGGAGAAAAGUCGUUACUUUCGUAGAGAGGGCGCUGAUGUACACACAGAGGCCAACAUUUCUCUGUCCCAGGCUCUGCUAGGGGGCACGAUACGAGUGCAAGGAGUUUACGAAGAUCAAACAAUUCAAAUUGUUCCAGGAACUUCAUCCCACACUCGAAUUUGUCUGAAGGGUAAGGGUCUGAAGCGGGUCAACAGUUACGGUACAGGUGAUCAUCACGUCCAUCUUAAAAUCCAAAUACCAGCAAAGCUGAAUAAUAAACAAAAAGCACUGAUACAGGCUUACGCUGAAUUAGAAGAAGACACCCCGGGUCAAAUCAUGGGCGUGACGCACAAAACCGACGGUAAGUCAUCGAACAAUGCUUCUUUCUCCUCUUCCUCCUCCGCUUCUUCUUCUUCGUCAUCAUCUACGUGGUCAUCCAAUUCCGCGUCGUCUCGAUCAAAAGCAGCCCCCGAAGAGCCCAUUUCGGAGAAAUUCACCCAACGUUCACCGGAGGACGAUUUUAAAAACUAUUCGUCCACUGAUCGGACGGGUUUGCGUAGCGAUCGACAGAAAGAGGAUCCACAAGGCGCCCGGUUUUACUUCGGUCUUGGACUGAUGCUGGUUUUCUUCUGGUUCAUCUACUACAAUUAUUCGCAAAUUCCACGCCAGCUGGAACUGGAAAGAGACGCGGCACUGGAGAGGCAACGGAGGGCCGCCGCCAGCGCAUCACCACAACGCAGUCCAUUUGAUGACGCUUAGAAGGACACAUUUCCUUUCAUGUUAAAGUUAUACAAAAUUGUAGAACAUCUGUUAUUAUCGCGUUCACACAACGAUUGUUAAGAAGUUUGCGAUGCAACACUGAGCGCUUGUUUCGCCCCUGCAGAAUUCGAAAUUCGAUCGAGUUGUAAUUUACAUUUAUCUACAAACUUUACGAACAAUGUUUGGAACGAAUAAAGCAGCUUGAAUCAAA